GUCCUGGGAGCCAUGAAGAUCGAUUUCGCCCCGGUGCAGGUGCCCAUGCACAGGAGGCUGCAGACCGCCUCGGUGCUGCAGUGGGUCUACUCCUUCCUGGGUCUGGCUCCCACCUGCAUCUUCCUCUACUUCUACCUGCUCUUCACUCGCUUCUGGCUGGUCAGCGUUCUCUACUCCAUCUGGUGGUUCUACGACUUCGACACGCCGGGGCGCGGCGGCCGCAGGGUGCCCUUCCUGUGCGGCCUCUCGGUCUGGGACUACAUGCGGGAUUACUUCCCCAUCAAGCUGGUGAAGACCGUCGACCUGGACCCCCGACACAACUACGUCCUGGGCUUCCAUCCGCACGGCGUGCUGGUGGCCGGAGCGUUCACCAACUUCUGCACCUACGCCACGGGGUUCCGGACCAUGUUUCCCGGCCUCACCAGCUACCUGCUCAUGCUGCCUCUGUGGUUCAGGGCGCCGUUCUUCAGGGACUACAUCAUGUGUGCAGGUUUGGUUCCGUCGGACAAAGACAGCGCGAGCUAUCUGCUCCGCCAGAAGGGUGGCGGGAACGCCGUGGUGAUCGCCGUGGGCGGGGCCCCGGAGGCGCUCGACGCCCAUCCCGGAACCUACAACGUGCUUCUGGCCAAUAAGAAGGGCUUCAUCAAAAUGGCCAUGGAGCACGGAGCUCAUCUGGUGCCAGUGUUCUCCUUUGGGGAGAACGAGGUGUUCGACCAGGUGCAGAACCCCAGAGGGACGUGGCUGCGGUGGGUGCAGGAGAACCUGCAGAGCGUCAUGGGCGUCUCGCUGCCGCUCUUCCACGCCCGAGGCGUCUUCCAGUACUCCUUCGGUCUGAUGCCCUACAGGAAGCCCAUCACCACCGUGGUCGGAAGGCCGAUUCAGGUGGAGAGGACCCCGAAGCCGACGGCGGAGCAACUCAACGACCUGCACCAGCUGUACAUGGACGAGCUGAGCAAUCUGUUCGACGAGCACAAAGCCGACUACGGCAUAGACGAGGACACACACCUGAACUUUGUCUGAGCUGGACUGAGGACUGGACGGGACCCGGGUCUCUAU